GAAGGAACCGCCGGGGGCCAUGGACGGUGCCGUGAUGGAAGGGCCGCUCUUUUUGCAAAGUCAGCGUUUCGGUACCAAGAGAUGGAGGAAGACCUGGGCCGUACUCUAUCCUGCCAGUCCCCACGGCGUAGCGCGGCUCGAGUUCUUUGACCACAAGGGGUCGAGCUCUGGAGGCGGCCGAGGAGGCUCGCGCCGCCUGGACUGCAAGGUGAUUCGUCUGGCGGAGUGUGUGAGCGUGGUCCCGGUGUCAGUGGAGAGCCCCCCUGAGCCUGGCGCCGCAGCCUUCCGCCUGGACACCGCGCAGCGCUCCCACCUGUUGGCGGCGGACGCGCCGUCCAGCGCUGCGUGGGUGCAAACACUGUGCCGAAAUGCCUUUCCGAAAGGCAGCUGGGCUCUGGCGCCUGCGGAGAACCCACCCAAGCUUUCUGCCCUGGAGAUGCUGGAGAACUCGCUGUAUAGCCCCACCUGGGAAGGAUCCCAGUUCUGGGUGACAGUGCAGAGGACCGAAGCCGCUGAGCGUUGUGGCCUGCAGGGCUCCUAUGUGCUGAGGGUGGAGGCCGAGAGGCUGACUCUCCUGACCAUGGGGACUCAGAGUCAGAUACUGGAGCCGCUCCUUUUCUGGCCUUACACUCUGUUGCGGCGCUAUGGCCGGGACAAGGUCAUGUUCUCUUUUGAGGCUGGUCGCCGCUGCCCUUCGGGCCCUGGAACCUUCACCUUCCAGACCGCACAGGGGAAUGACAUCUUUCAGGCUGUUGAGACUGCUAUUCACAGGCAGAAGAUCCAGGGAAAGGACGGGCAAGGGCAGGAUAGUCUCAAAGCUGAUUCCCAUGAAGGAGAAGUGGCAGAGGGGAAGUUGGCAUCCCUGCCUGGCCCUCAGGAGCUCCUGGGCAGCCCUCCCACCGUGUAUGCUGAACCCUUAGACUCCUUGCGCAUUCCUCCAAGCCCUUCCCUGGAUUCCCUAUACUCAGAUCCCCUGGACAGCACUCCUGCUCAGGCAGGGGAGGGAGUACCGUUCAAGAAAUCUCUUUAUUGCGACUUGUACGAGCACGUGCAGCAGCAGUUGCUGAAGGCCAAACUGAUGGACCCCAAAGAGGACCCCAUCUAUGAUGAACCUGAGGGCCUGGCCCCAGCUGCACCCCGGGGCCUUUAUGAUCUGCCUCAGGAGCCCAAGGAUGCAUGGUGGUGCCAGGCUAGGAUGAAGGAGGAGGGCUAUGAGCUCCCCUACAACCCUGCCACUGAUGACUAUGCUGUGCCACCGCCCCGGAGCACAAAGCCCCUCCCCGCUCCCAAGCCCCGGGGCUUGGCCUUCGCUGAACCUGGAGCUGCAGGUGGUGGUGGCAGCAAAGGCCACAGCUCAGACACUGUCCUGUACAGCCAGGUCCAGAAGAGCAGAGCCUCAGGGAGCUGGGACUGUGAGCUGUCUAGAACAGGGGCUGACAGGACGGGGGUCAAGUCAGAGGGCUCCACAUGACAGGUGGGGCAAGGCUGGGGUUGCUGAUAGGACCACCAUAGGAAGGUGGCACUGGGGAUCAAAGAAACCUAUUAGAAUCUGCAGGGACCAGAAGGCUGGAGGGUCCUGUGUAAGCCAGCCAGGGGACUGGAGGGAUCAGGGGAGUCAAGGGAGGAUGAUCAAUCUCAAGAAGUCCUGGAAGUGGGACAGUUGGCAGGGGUGAGGGAUGGGACCUGGGAGAGACCAGCACCCCCAAGUUAUCCUCCCCAAAGGAAUGGACAGCUGCUGGAUUAGGUCUGUGAAAAGGGGUGCUUGGUCUGAGUUGGUGCAGUUAGAGGGGCCUGCAUGGAGGCUCUAGGGUGAUGCUGGACUGGGCCCGGAUCCUCACCCCUGCAUUGUUCUUUGCCAGAGACCUAGAUUUUAAGAAGUUUAUUCUCAUUAAAGUCAGCUUGGGUUUAA